AUGCCUUCCAAACAGGCUACCCUCGGGUACGUCAAGUCGGGGCAGCAGACCUUAGGCAAAUUUCUGGAAAAUCCAAACGGACUCGCAUCGGAGCAUCAGCAGUCCAAGCUCGCUUUCAAGAACGGCACCAAGAAGAAUCAAGAAACUCAAGAGCAAGUACCGAAGGGACGAGAUAUCAAACGCCCAGCAAAGAGCGAUGAAGACAGCGAUGGCGAUGUCAGUAUGGGCAAGGACGCUAAGAAGUCAGGGUCUGAACAACCACGGACUCAGAUCAAAUCCGAAAGCUUGGAGGACGAAGAGCAGCCCAAGCAUGGAUCAUUGCAUGCCAAUGGUAAUAUUGUUCACGCAUCUGGUGAGGAUCUGCUUUCAGGUUCUAAUCUCUGUAUCUUAGGCCAUGAUGAACGCUCGGAUUCGCCACCAAAACGCACGAAGAGUGAGGCUCUUGAUGAAGGGGAGAACGAUGAGUCGGAGGACGAUGAGCCAGUCAAGAAGCGCUCAAGGCGGAGUGGACCCCCGUCUUCUAGCACGAAAGCAAAUGAAAGAAGCAUCUUAUCAAAGAAGUCGUCCGACCCUGAUGCAAACAGAAUGAUCAAAGAUUCCCCCAAGCCAACGAAAGAAAAGGCAAAGGCUAAGAGUCCGGAAAAUGAGAAGUCAGAUCGCAAAGCAAGAGGAAGGCCAAAAGCGUCCAAUACGUCAAAAGCCAUGGAGGUGAGAGAAGAGAAGAAUACACCUGCAAAGGCUUCCAAAGAGGAAGACCAGGAGCCAGAGUCAGAAGAAGAGGAGGAGGAAGAAGAGCGGCCCGAAACAGCAGCCAAGGCACGGGAGACUGUUCAAACAACUUUGAAAGGAAGUGCAAAGGAUCCAUACCCGGACUGGAAGGCAGGAGAUGCAGUACCAUAUGCCGCACUGUGUAUCACGUUUUCUCUCGUCGAGCUAACGACGAAACGAUUGAUUAUAUCCGCACAUUGUUCGCUGUUUCUCCGCCAGGUCUUACGACUAACGCCCAAUGACUUGCUUCCCACUGUACAAUUGAUGAUCAAUAAGCUUGCUGCUGAUUACGCAGGCAUUGAACUCGGUAUAGGAGAGUCUCUUAUCAUGAAGGCUAUUGGAGAAUCAACAGGACGGAGCCUUCAAGUCAUCAAAGCCGACCAGGCGGAGAUCGGAGACCUUGGCCUGGUGGCCGCGAAAAGUCGUUCAAAUCAACCCACCAUGUUCAAGCCAAAGGCUUUGACUAUAAGAGCAGUUCACGAUGGGUUGAUGGGCAUUGCCACCGUCUCUGGAGAUGGCUCUCAGGGAAGAAAGGUAGCAGGAAUUAAGAAGCUCCUCUCUGCCGCAGAUGCUGCUGCAGCUGGGAAGGGUAGCAAAGGUAUUGACAUUACCAAGGAUAAGGGCGGACCAAGCGAAGCUAAGUUCAUCAUCCGCUUUCUCGAAGGCAAGUUGAGACUGGGUCUUGCGGAGAAGACUGUUCUUGUAGCUCUUGCCCAUGCGGUGGUCAUGCACGAGAGUGGGCUCGAAGGCAAGAAAGUGCCCACCAGCGAGGAGCUGGCUGAGGGCGAAGCCAUUCUCAAGACUGUCUACAGCGAACUGCCUAACUACGAGGUGAUCGUCCCAGCAAUGAUCAAGCAUGGUAUAUUCAAGCUUCGAGAAAACUGUAAGUUGCAACCAGGUGUGCCCCUGAAACCGAUGCUUGCCAAGCCUACGAAAUCCAUUUCGGAGGUCCUCGACCGCUUUGAAGGAAAGAACUUCACUUGCGAGUAUAAAUACGAUGGCGAGCGAGCGCAGAUACACUACGUCGCCGAGGACUCGCCACAGCAAUACCAGAGUACGCCCACCUCGAAGCAAAGAAAGGGGCUGUCUGCCAUCUUCUCGAGAAAUUCCGAAGAUCUAUCAAAGAAGUACCCCGAUAUCCUCGAUAAACUUUGUACAUGGAUCAAAUCAGAGACAAAAAGCUUCGUAUUGGAUUGUGAGACGGUGGCUUGGGAUCUUGUCGAAAAGAAAGUCUUACCAUUCCAGCAGCUGAUGACGAGAAAGCGUAAAGAUGUGAAGGCUGAGGAUAUUAAGGUGAAACCAACCGUCGAAAAGCCUUUUCGAGAAAGACGCGAAAUUCUUACGAAUGCAUUUGAUGUCGUAGAAGGCGAAUUUGCUUUCGCGCAGUACGGCAACACGUCAGAAGUCGACGAGAUUCAGCAUCUCCUCGACGAAUCAGUCAAAGCCUCUUGCGAAGGGCUCAUGGUGAAAAUGCUUGACACUUCCGAAUCAGGCUACGAACCCUCUAAACGGUCACGUAAUUGGUUGAAAGUGAAGAAGGACUACCUCUCGGGCAUCGGAGACAGCCUUGACCUCGCUGUUAUUGGCGCUUACUACGGUAGAGGGAAGCGAACGAGCGUUUACGGUGCUUUCUUGCUGGCUUGUUACAAUCCAGCGGAGGAGCGGUUCGAGACAGUCUGCAAUAUUGGAACUGGCUUCUCUGAGGCAAUUCUGGAGGAUUUGCACCAAAAAUUAGGGUCGGCUGCUAUCGAGAAGCCAAAGCCAUUCUAUUCACACUCGACAGUAGCGAAGGAUCAGCCUGAUGUUUGGUUUGAGCCACGAUUCGUGUGGGAGGUCAAGACUGCAGACUUGACCCUUAGUCCGCGUUAUAUGGCUGGAAAAGAAGCUCUGAUGGAUGCUAGUGGAAGAGGCAUCAGUCUGCGCUUCCCUCGAUUUAUCAAGGAGAGAGAUGACAAGAAGCCUGAGCAAGCAACGAGCAACAGAAUGAUCGUAGAGAUGUUCCGGAAGCAAGAGGCGAUCACCAAUACUAAAGGGCCCAGCGUAGAUGAUGACUUCGAGUAUUGA